CGGGUUCCUGAGGGGGAGGGCACGCCCGGGCCGCCAUGAGCCCCGACCCCCUCAGGGCACCGCGGUCUGAGGGACCCGGGGGGGGCUUCCAUCACCUCUUCACCCACCUCCAGCACCGCGGGUGCCUUCUCCCUCGUCCCUCAGCUCCGCACAGCGAGGAAAGCACACGCUGUUCCCCCCAAAAACCUCAGACGAUAGCACUACCGGGGAAGGGAGAUGCGAACGCCCCUAAAAUGGCGGAGCAGCCCCGCCUCCGGGGCGGGAGUGAACCCGCCAUGAGGGGAAACCAGGCGAUGGCGGUACCUGUGUCCUGCCCAGCAGAAUUCAGGUUGUCUAAAUAAAGCAAAAUCUGUUGCUUAAUAUGAAGAAAAACAGAGGUCGGACAGGCCGGAAGAGAAGAAGAAAACACUCGCAGAGUUUUGUGGAUGGAGUGAACUGCAGUCACAAGCUGGAAUACAUUCAACUUAAGAAAUGGCUAAAAGACAGAGGAUUUGAAGACAGUAUUUUAAGGCCAGCAGAGUUCAGGGAGACAGGAAGAGGACUGAUGGCAACAAAAGCUCUUCAGGCAGGGGAUCUCAUUAUUUCACUGCCUGAGAAGUGUUUACUCACCACAAGCACUGUCCUUAGGAGCUGCCUGGGAGGAUACAUUAAGAACUGGAAGCCUCCUGUAUCCCCUUUGAUGGCACUGUGCACGUUUUUAAUAGCAGAGAAACAUGCUGGGGAGGAAUCCCCCUGGAAGCCAUACCUGGAUGUUCUGCCCAAGACUUACACUUGCCCUGGUUGUUGGGAACAUGAUGUAGUGACCCUUCUUCCAGAACCUCUAAGAAAGAAGGCUCAGGAGCAGAGAACAACCAUCCACGAGCUGUAUUUGUCUUCCAAGGCUUUUUUCUCUUCCCUGCAGCCUUUGUUUGCUGAGGACACAGGAACUAUUUUUACCUACAGUGCUUUGGAGUGGGCUUGGUGCACUAUUAAUACCAGGACAAUAUACAUGAAACAUCCACAGAGGGAAUGUUUUUCUCUGGAGCCAGAUGUUUAUGCACUGGCACCAUAUUUAGAUCUGCUAAACCACAGUCCAAAUGUUCAGGUAAAGGCUGCAUUUAAUGAGCAGACAAGGAGCUAUGAAAUUUGGGCAAAUUCCCAGUGCAAGAAAUAUGGAGAAGUUUUUAUCUGCUAUGGACCUCAUGAUAAUCAGAGGCUGCUCCUGGAAUAUGGAUUUGUUGCUGUGGAUAACCCUCACAGCAGCGUUUAUGUCUCCUCAGAUACUCUCCUCAAAUAUCUUCCACCACUGGACAAGCAGAGAAAGGCAAAACUGUCCAUUCUAAAGGAUCAUGAUUUCCUAGAAAACCUGACCUUUGGCUGGGAUGGACCAUCUUGGAGACUCCUCACAGCCCUCAAGUUGUUAAGCCUUGGAGCAGAUGAAUUAUAUUCCUUUAAGGUUCAGUCUCCUGGCCUUUUUCCUGUCGGUUUGAUGCAAUUUUAAAUGAUUUCUUUGAUUCGUGUGUUCCACGGGUUGCUGUUGAAAUUCUGGGGCUACUAAAUUACUGAAAUCCAUCUGCAGUGACUGUCAGGGCAGUUUGAUCAUUUAUUCCAAAUGGCAGAUCUGCCUCAGACAGCAGGGAUGGAAAAUGCUUACCUGGGCAUUGCUUGGAGCAGUAAAUAAUUAAAACCAGUUCUAUUGUUCCGAGCUGUUUAUGCUUUGAAGCUUCAUUGCUGAGUGGAGUAAGUUGAUGUAAGAACUAAAAAUAAAUCCCUGUGGUUACAGGCCCAGGUGAGGGGAAGUUUAGGAGAAGCACAUGUUUUAUCCCUGAGCUGGGAAUUGCAGCAAAUCACCGUGUGGGGGGUUCGGACGUUUUGGGUUCGACCAUUUGCGUUCAAACGUUUCGGUUGAAACAUUUUGGUUCAAAUAUUGUGGUUCAUACAUUGUGGUUCAAACAUUUUUAUUCAACAUUUGGGCUGAAAGAUUUGGGCUGAAAGAUUUGGGCUGAAAGAUUUGGGCUGAAA